GUAGAAAUCAGGCCCAUGUUGAGCAAAAUUGAGUAUUUUGGUCUAAAUAACCCAAAAUGUGAUGUCCACAUAUGUGGACACCAGGUCCUAGGAGGUUAAUAACAACAUAAAGCAAUCUGCCGCAGCUGUCCUACCGCACUAACAUGCUUAAGGAUUGCUGAACACUGUUACACUGCACAUUUUGAGUUUUAUUGCUGUCAGAUUUGCAUUUAAAAAACACACAAAAGCCUGUGUGGACCGGGAACUUCAUUUUCUUUCUUUCUUUUUCCCCCCUUAAUGCUUCUUUCAGAAUGACUGUGUGGUUUUAUUACUCAAUGUCAGAAACAGCCUAUGUAACAUAUUCCAUCCAUUCUGAGGACACAAAACAACAUUUGAUUUAUUUUUAUUUUGUGUGACAGCAUCCUGUGUGUGGAUUUUUCAGGCACAUGUCCAGCUGCUUCAUGUCUGCUCUGAAGCUCGGUCUCCUCACUCCUGCUGGCUUGUCACUCUGAGAGUCAUGUCGUGGUGCAGGAACCCAUGUCAACCCAUGUGCACCACAUGGUCUACCAUUAAGGCACCAGCAUUAGCUCUGUUGGAAGGAAUAUAACACCCAUUGCUGCAUUUUAAGCUGUUUGAGGAUUGAUUUUAACAGAGUUUUGAAGAUGAAAACCAUCAGGGCAAGAAAUGUAUUGAUGGUGGUAGCACUCGGGCUUUUGCUCCUUCACCUUUGCAAAGAUUUUGUUGACCAUAAAACUAUAAGUUUCCACGUAGAUGUUAGAGAGGACCACAGCCGACUGACGCAAAACACCAAAAACAGCACAUAUGUAUUCUCAUGGCCAAAAUGUCAACAAAAAACAUCUGCUGCCAACAUCGCUGAGUUCAACUCUUUGCCUAAUUCUAUCAAGGAUUUCCUCUACUAUCGCCACUGUCGCCACUUCCCCAUGCUACUGGAUGUUCCGGACAAAUGUGGAGGAGCUGAUAAAUCUGGAGAAGUCUUUCUUCUUCUGGUCAUUAAAAGCUCUCCGGGGAACUACGAACGCAGAGAGGUGCUGCGCAAAACGUGGGGUGAAGAGAGGUUACACAACGGUGUGUGGAUUCGACGGAUCUUCAUCUCAGGAACGACAGAGAGCGGGUUUGAGAAGGAAAGGCUGAACAAACUCCUGGAGCUGGAGCAACAGGAGCACAACGACAUCCUCCAAUGGGAUUUCAGUGACACAUUUUACAACCUUACAUUGAAGCAGAUACUCUUUCUUGAAUGGAUGGAAAGGAACUGUCCCAAUGCUCACUUCCUGUUGAAUGGUGAUGACGACGUCUUUGCCAACACAGACAACAUGGUCGAGUAUCUGCAAAGCCUCAAGGACAAUGAUGGAAGCCAGCACCUCUUUACUGGCCAUCUGAUCCAAAAUGUUGGCCCUAUUAGAUCACCAAACAGCAAGUACUAUAUUCCUGUUCAGGUGCAGGAGUCAAACUCGUACCCUCCUUAUUGUGGUGGCGGGGGCUUCCUCCUCUCUGGCUAUACAGCUUCAGUCAUUUACAAUAUGUCCCAGUCUAUUACCAUUCUUCCCAUUGAUGAUGUUUACAUGGGGAUGUGUCUGGCCAAAGCAGGACUUGGCCCCACUUCCCACAUGGGCGUCAAGACAGCAGGACAACACGUUCCAUCCCACAGUUUAGACCAAUACCAUCCUUGCUUUUAUAAAGAGGUUUUACUUGUGCACAGAUUCCUUCCAGCUCAGAUGUAUCUAAUGUGGCACAGAGUACAUGAUCCAAAUCUAAGAUGUGGUCUCUCCAGCCAAUAACAUUUGUAGCACCAAACUUUAACUUCUAGGCAAUAAUAGAGCUUAGUGAUGUUCCGGUUCCUCCUGCUUCCAGCUCAAAUGAACAUGUAAGUGUUUGUUUCACAUACUGUAAAGAGAAAAAACUUUUGCUGGACAGAAGGGACUGGCACAUACCUUAAAUGAGUUGACAACAUUUGAACAGGCAGGACUGGCUGUUGCGUUACAAUACAAUACAUUAUAUUUUGUCUUUGUCUCACCAAAUCUUGUACCUUUCUUUACCAGAUUGUCUAAUAUUACUUAAUAGGUACUGAUUGGAUUGCUAGAUUUCGCUUUUUCUUGAAAUGCCCACUUACUGCACAGAAAGAAUGAAUGUGAAUUUUAAGUAGCCAUCAAGUGUAAAGUUACGCCUCAUUUUGAGAAUUCUCAUUGGAAAAUGAGUCCACAUUUAAAGUCAUUGGGUCUGAUUUUCUAUAUUUUAGUAUCACAUAAAGUUCAGCAUAGCUACAGGUGAUACAGACUAAUAAAGGCCAUGUUUUAGUAGACAAAAGCUGCCAGCUAGAGUGCAGCCGUGUGUUAGCUACCUUGUCCUGAGAUUAAGGACAUGAAAAAUGGCCAAGAAUUGAAAAGUUGAGUCUAUAUUGCAUAAUUUACUGAAUUUCUAUCACGUAGAAAAUGAGCCAGGUGUAAGGAGAGUUACCAAGUUAAUGUUAGCUGCCUGUAAAUCAAAUGUGAAUUUUAAGAGCUGAUUGUAAUAUUUAAUUCAUACUUUCUGUUGGAUUUUUUUUGUAUGUCGCGUGCCAGCCAGUGUGAAAAUCAUGAACAGAUGACAUAUAAUCAACCAAUUCAAAUGUAAAGCAUUGCGGAGUACUAUGGUUCAUCUGUAUGGGUCUUUUCAUGCUACGAUUGUAUGGAGGAAAGUACAUUUAAAUUAUUGGUUUACAAUAAAAUACAGCAAUGAUAUGAAAACA